UACGUGUUCUACGGCGUCCUCCGAUUUUAUUCACGGAAAGUGUAUCGCCAUAUUGCUUCCGUGAACUCAGUGAAAUAUUUGUGCAUUUCUCUCUAAUUAUGACUGUAAUAUCAAAAUGAAGUGAUAAAAAUCAAACCACAGUCCGUAAGAAACUGUGGGGAUACAUUUUUGUGCAUCUCAGUCUCCGAAAUUACGUGAAAUAGCGUCGAGCAGGCAGAAUGUCGUACGAAAAGAUGGAAGUGGUGAAUCCUGCGGAAAAGGAGGCUAGUGAGGUGCUGCAUUCGCUGCUUUCUGUGGAGCGGCGAAGCGUGGACAGCAAGGAGGCGAUAAUCGUGUCCAUACCAGCCGACCAGAACGGAGGCGGCGAGUACGGUGAGAGUGCUCAAUGGCAUACUCCCGUCAUGGGCCAACACUCGGUCUUCGAGAUGGGUGGACAAAAUAUGCAACAACAUAACUACAAUGGUCACCAAGAACAGGUUUUGUGGCAAGGGCACACAAUACAAGUGGAGAAUGGUAAUCCUAAUUUGCAGACCAUGGCUGGCACAUAUAGCAUUGAGUUUGAAUCCCAUGUCGAAGGUGAUCCUGGAGAUAUGGAAGUGGACACAAAACCCAAAGUUGAAAAGAAAACUGGCAGUAAGAAAAAGAAAAAAGCUGAAUCAGAUAGUGAUGAAGAAGUUCUUGACAAUAAACUGGAAGAUAAUCCAGCGCAGGUCAAAGAAAGACUGAGGAGAGGGUGUGAUUGUAAAGACAACUGUUACCGUGGACUGAACCCAGAAGCAGUUUAUCGGCAUAGACUAAACAUUGCUGAACUAACAAAGAGUGAACAUGAUAUGUACUUGAUGGGCAUCACAAUGGCGAGCUUGGCUAAUCCAGCUGAAACAUCACGCCACAAAGUCAGGAGGAGAUUAAGAGCGUGUUAUGUGUAUCAAGGAAGGAAGGUUUGCCUCGAGGCUUUCCUCUAUCUUGAGAAUGUUACUCACUAUCAGCUGAAACGAAUCAGGCAGCACGUAAUGACGCAUGGCGUUGCACCGCGGAUACACGGUAACGUCGGUAAGAAGCCAUACAACACAUUCACCCUGGAUAUUUACAAACAUGCUACUAACUUCUUGAAAGAAUAUUUAAAACAACAUGCCAGUUCACCUAAAGAUGUUCAGCCAUCUGGAGAAAGUGGCAAAAAGGCCAGUAAGACUGUGAUCAUACAAGGAGACUCUCGGAAACAUUUAUUCGAGGCUUACAAAGAAUAUGGAGAAAUUUUAGAACCAGGUGUAAAACUUAUGGGUUAUUCAACCUUCCGUGCUUUCAUGAAAGACCAAUUUCCUCAUGUUAAAUUUGCCACUAAGAAGCAAGAAAUUCCUAAAGAUAUGGUGCCCUUCCGCAGCGGUAAGUGUAUGACGUACGAUAAGAAUAAAGAUCCCAUAAGACUACAGCAAGAGAAGGAAAAGGCCGACGCCAAAAAGGCAGCUAUGGAGGCUAAAAAGAAAGAAGAACACGAGAGAGAGCAACAGGCGCAACAACAAGCGCAGCAACAGCAACAACAGCAGCAGGUACAGCAACAACAACAGCAACAGCAGCAACAACAACAGCAGCAGCAACAACAGGUGCAACAGGUGCAGGUUCAGCAGCACCAGCAGAUGCAGGGCCAGGCGCACGUGGUGAUCCACCAGCAGCAGCCGCAGCAGCAGCAGCAGAUGCAGCAGCAGAUGCUGGUGCCGCAGGUGAGCCAGCACCAGCAGGUGCUGACGCAGCAGGGCGUCCAGCAGGUGGCGCAGCAGCACUGCGUGCAGCCGCUGGGCGUGGCGGAGGACGCGGGCCAGCCCGUCGAGAUGGCCCAGCAGGUCAUCCCGCUGGCCGUCGUGCAGCAGCCGCAGCAGGCCUACAUCGUCACUCCUGUCUCGCACUUCCAGACCCGUGUACAGGGAGCUUGGUACAGGCAUUGACAGCCGUCAGCGGCUACUACGAUAACUUUCGAGUAAUGCAAAAAAUGUAGCUGAUGCGAACAUUUGUACGUAACUGAAGAUCUCGCGAUGACUGAACUGUUGUAAAAUUGAAACGGUUCCUUGGAAAUUCUGUUAAUUUCAAACGCCACACGUAACUUUGGCAAUAAGUUAGCAAGGAUAGUUAGGUAACACCUUUUCAGUAUUGGUUGAAAAACUAAUUUAAUAAAACUAUCUGUAAGUAUAAAAGUUAAUCAUAUUUACACCAUAUAUUAGCAAUUAGCCAUGUAGUUUAUUUUAGAAGUAUGUAAUGUGGUUUUUCGAAACAGAUACUAAAAUUAUUUUUAUUAUGAGUAUAGUUAGACAUUGUGUAGUAGCUUUUUGGGAAGCAUGAAAGAAUCUUAAAGAAAUUGAGUAUGCAUCCAAAGAAACUGUUGUGUAUGCUAGUAGAUAGUAUUUGCCAUUUUUGUAUUGGGCAGAAGAAAACUGUUUACAGAAUCAACCAACUGCAAAAGUUUUUUUGGAUGUGUUUACUCAAAAAAGAGGAAGUAUCAGGUUUGAAACAAGCAAAUAUUGUAUGUUGAUGUAAGAAAUGCAAAAAUAUGUAAUUUUCUUAAUAAGUAUACAAAAGUUAGCCAGACUAUACCCAUUGUUUCCCCAAGUCCCGUAUUUAGUAUAUUAUAUCAUCUGAGGACUGUGGCAGUAUAGCCGUUAGGUCAGUCAAAAUAAUAAUAUAAAUGAAAUGUCAAUACUUUUCUAUGAAUUUUGUAUGAAUAUAGACAUAUAUAGACUUGCU